AGUCCCCCUGUUCUCCACGCCCUCGCUGGGAGAGCCUGCCCAAGACCGCCAGCAGCCCAGCUUCCUGGGUCAGCACUAACCUGGCCCAGCCCAGCCCUGCUCAGCCCAGCCCUCUCCUACUCGAUCCCUCCAUUCAUGUCUUGACCGCAGCUGGCUCGGGAUCGGCCCCCCACUUCCAGGACUCGGCCUGGCAGCUGAACAUGCCGGCGGCUUCCUCAGCUCCCUCUCCCUCUCCAGGCUCCCGGUAGAGAAGGGGGUCGGACCCUGCGGGGAGCUUAGCUCAGCUGGACUGGACCGUGUCUGGGCCUCCGGGGACCCUUCGGGAAGCGGCUCGGGGCUGCUGCUACUGCUUAGGAGGAGGGAGGAGGAGGUGGAGAAGAGGGAGGUCCAGGGUAGCUGGUAGAGGUGUGGAUCCUGGCCUAGCCCAAACCUUGCCUGGCCCAGAAGAUGCUGUGGCCAUCUGUGCUGGGCCCGGGAAUUGGAGUCUUGCUGCUACUUGGCCUGACAGGUGCCGUGGAGAUUGUGGUCCCUGAUGACCCUGUGGUGGCCCUGGUGGGUUUGGAUGCCACCUUGCCUUGCUCUUUCCUUCCUGGCCCCAACUUCACCCUGGCCCAGCUCAGCCUCAUCUGGCAGCUGACAGAUACCAAGCGGCUGGUGCAUAGCUUCACUCAGGGCCAGGACCAGCUGGCCGACCAGGGCAGUGCCUAUGCCAACCGGACCUCCCUCUUCUAUGACCAGCUCGCCCAAGGCAACGUCUCCCUCCUGCUGCGCCGGGUACACAUUGCUGAUGAGGGCAGCUUCACCUGCUUCGUGCAGAUUCAGCACUACAGCAGCGCUGCUGUCAGCCUGCAGGUGGCUGCAUCCUACUCCAAGCCCAGCAUGACCCUGGAGCCCAGUAAGGAUCUGAAGCCAGGAGACACAGUGACCAUCACCUGUUCCAGCUACGGCGGCUACCCAGAGGCUGAGGUGAUCUGGCGGGACGGUCAGGGGGGCACCCUGGCUGGCAAUGUGACGACCUCCCAUCUGGCUAACUCAGAGGGGCUUUUUGAUGUGCUCAGCGUGCUGAGGGUCACACUGGGGGCCAAUGGCACCUACAGCUGCCUGGUGAGGAACACGGUAUUGCAGGAAGAGGCCUCCGGCUUUGUCAUUAUCACAGGCCAGGUGAUGACAUUCCCACCGGAGGCCCUUUGGGUGACUGUGGGGCUUUCCAUCUGCCUCUUGGGGCUGCUGCUGGCCCUUGCCUAUGUGUGCCGGAAGAAAAUAAAGCAGAGCUGUGAGGAAGAGAAUGCUGGGGCUGAGGACCAGGAUGGGGAUGGAGAAGGAUCCAAGACAGCUCUGCAGCCUCUGAAACAUGUGGACAAUCCGGAAGAUGAAGGGCAAGAAAUAGCCUGACCUUGGAGGAUGGACGGUGCAUGUGGGGGAGGCACAUCGUCGAAUCGGAUGCUGAGCUCCUCUAGCAAUGGAUGCCGGCUCCGCCUCUCACACCGCAGAAAGCUGGAGGUGGGACCUGGGACCGUCCUCUCGCUGUGAUCCUUUGGGCUCACACAUCUCGAACCUGCCACCCUGCUGCCUCGUUUAUCCAAUGGGUACAAUACACAGUCAACCCUGCUGCCUUAUUUCUGUGGUGGACAUGAUAAACAGACCAUCUCAUGACCUUAUUUCUCCAGUAGAAAUGAUACCUAGACCGCCCUGCUGUCUUAUUUCUCUGGUGGAUGUGAUAAUAAUAGUUCCUAUUCCUAUAAGUGCUUUAAAGUUUACAAAGUACUUUCCUCCCAACCAGCCUGGGAGGUUGUGCAAAUAUCAUCCCCACUUUAGAGAUGAGGAAACUGAGUCUCCGAGCUGUCCUCCUGUGUGCUCGGGUCACCGCUCGACUGCGUUGUUUCUCCAAGGGACCCGAUACACUGACUACCUUCUGCCUUGACUGUCUCACUUCAAGCCUUGGUUUUUACCUCCCCCGCCCUCCACCAGGACAGUCGUCUGGUAGCUUCUCCCUAUCAGUGGAGAAGUCUUCACUGUUUCCCUAAGACGUGUAUGCACACGCCACAUGUAUGCACACAGCACCAUUGAUCAUGUGUGUGCAUGUACAUGCAACAUGCAGACACGACAUAAUAAACAAUGUGCAUUUGAUAUAUGCACACAGAUGUAGCACAACACAGCCCGCCUUACACAUUUGUGUGUGAGUGGGAAGCAUGCAUAUGUAGAGUAUAUGGGUAGGAAGGAAAUGAGUGCACGCCACAUACACACACACACACACACACACACACACACACACACACAGCAUGUGCUUAUCCGUAUAGAAGCCGUCCCCACAGCCUGCCGUGAGAGCUUGCCUCUGGAUCCCUUCUGUCUGUCCUCAGAGUCCUCCCCCAUCUAGGGAGCUGCAUGCUGGUCAUGCUGUUUCUCUAGGAAUGCUGGGGCAGAACAGGAACCCUCAGAGUGGGUACAGCCUGAAUGCUGGGGUGAGAGGUGCCCGUGACGAAUCAGUACCUCUACCCUGACAGCUUGGAAUAAAUAUUUCCCUUCCCAGGAGGACAGCCUUGGGACUUCCCUACUCCUACCUUGACUAAUACUGUACAUGCCACAACUUUUGGAUCCAAUGCCCUGACAUUUUCCUAGACUCCAUGCUCCCUCCAGGGUAGGCACUCCCCACACUUUGGGGGCCACAUUUAGGGGUGGUGGUAUGGAUGGGGUGUGGCACCAACCCAUUCUCUCCCCAAUGCCUUGGGGAACAAACUGGUUAGGAUCCAAGCCUUCUUCCCAAGAUGGCAAUGCCAGUCUUGGGCAGCAGGUGUCAGCCAUAGACCCUGCAUAGACCUUGAGCAAGAGCUAGAAGCCACACCUCUGGUACAGAUCUUAGGCAGUGACAUCAGCUGUGGCUGAUUCCAUCUUUCCUGGGAGCUGAAGGUCAGUGCCUUAUACCCUCGCCAAUGCGAGGAGCCCAGGAAAGUAAAUCUCAGAGAGCCAAACCCUUGCAGCUCAGGCAUCUAGAGAGACUGUGCCUGGUCUGACUCUUUUCAUUGUUUGCCUUAAGUACAAUGGGGGAAGGAUGGGGGUGGGCAUUGCCUCCAGUGGUGCUGGCGUGGGGGGCAUGGGACAUGGGGGUGGUUGCUUCCUGGAGAAACAGCCAUGAGUAGGAGGCAUCACUCUCCGGCUUCAGCCUCCCAGUCCUCUUUUCUCCAAGGUUUUCCCUUCUCCUGUCCAUGAGUGUCUGGAGGCAAUGGUCUGAUCUUUUCUCCAGCUGGGCAGGAUGAACCUUUGCUCAGGCCUACCCCAGACUAGGGGAGCAGGGGUUUUUCUAAUUUAAAUGCUGGAAUCCAGGACAUUUUGUACCUUGGUUGUGUGUUUUAGGAAAAAUAAAUGCUUCGUGUUUUGUUGAAA